AUCAAUCGAAUAAUAAACCUAAAAGUUUUUUUACACUCUACGUCGUUCUCUUGCUUGUGAGUUACAAGCAAACCCUUGAAAUGUGGGUUACGUUUCCAUCAAUUGGUAUCAGAUCCCGUGCUUCCGCGGCAAAGAGAGGAAAGGCAGCUGACCUUUACCAACACGCUCUCGAAAUUUGGGCAAAGAUGGUAGCUGAUGGCAAAAGAACCAAGGCACUUUAUAAUAGGAUGUUACAACUUGUGCAGAGGUUGGAAUCCAACCACAACCGCGUCUCCAUCAACGAUGGCGGGCGAAGCGACGACGAUGUGGCCCGCGUCGACGCCAAUGAAAUCAGGGAGGCGGAGGAGAUGGAGAUCUCCGUCAAUGAGAUCGGCGGGAAGGAAACAGUGCGCAAUGGUGAUUAUCACCUAUGUGAGGCUCUCACCCAACGAUGUGGAACCGAUGGGAAGGAAAUAGUGUGCCGUGGUGGUCACCACCUCGACGAGGCUCUCACCUAUCGAUCCGGAAGUGGCAGAAAGGAGGAACUCAAAGUUGGAGCUCAACCCAAAGAAGGCGGAGCGCUGAUUUGCAGGGGGGAAGCUUUGGGGUCGUUCAAACGACCACCAUUAAUCCGCAAACCAAAAUCGGACAGGUUGCUGGUCGAAGUUGGAUGCAUCCUUGUGGGAUCAAAGAAGCAAAAGCGUGCACUGGACGAGCGGCAUUCUAAUUUGGCUGAGAAUGGAGUUGUCUAGCGGCGGCCAAUAAGUGACCCUCCAUCCAUGUGUGCACGGUAGAUAUGGGAGCACAUUUAAUAUGCUAAUGCGAGGAAGAAGACUAGAGGACGGAGCCCGAGCUGGAAAUUUCGAAAGCGGCAGCGGCCACGCCACCACCAGAGCAGCAACUAUUAUCGUCGUCGUCUUCCGUGAUUCGUCGACAACAGAAUCUUGGGGACAAGGUUCUUUGGAGGGGAAGGUAUUGAUGAGAACAUAUUGGGCCGAAUGGGGAGAGAUCUUACUCGACGAAUAUGAGGGCUGGUGGGAUGGAUUAGUGUAGGGAUGAGAUACGGUGACAACCCUUUAAGGGGUUGUGAGAUUUACAACCAACUUUGUAGUAAUCGGAUAAGUUCUCUCUCCUGUCUCUUUUUUCUUUUUUUAAAUCAAUGGUUAAGAUUAUGGCUGGAAGUUUGGUACCGGUAUUUGGGAUAUACCUAAUACCAUACCGAAUUUGUCUAUAUUUGGUAUUAUCGAAUACAUGUAUUAUUUUUUGGGAUUGGGAUUGGGAUUCAAUUGUUAUUCGGUAUUAGGGAUUACGGGAUUGGGAUCGAUAUAUACCGAAAUACUGAAAUAUAAGUUAGUGGGUAUUUUAUCCACUCAACUAGACUCUCUCAUUCACUACUACACGACCUUCAACCAGCAAUUUAUUGUUAUUUUCAUAACACCAAAAAGCAAACACUAGUAUUAGUCUUCUCUCAAUCUCCAAUUCGUCAAAUUAAAGAUUACCAAUGACAAAACCUUGAAAUGUCACCUCUCCACCAUUCUCCUUAUCUAUAUCAUAGCUCUAACCAAACUCAAAACUCUUUGCUUAGUCUCUUUGUCCUAUAUUAAACAAUCAAAUUUAAUUUAUAUAUUUAAUUAUUAAUUGUAAUAGUAAUUAAUUUUAUAUUUCAUAAUACCGAUUGGGAUACCGAAAUAUUUAGGGAUUGGGAUUGGGAUUGAUUUUAGGGUGUAAUUCGGUAUUCCGGAUUUCGGUAUUUGGUAUUGGGAUACAGAUAUCGUACCGAUUUCCACCCCUAGUUAAGAUUAAACCAAGGACAAUUUCGGAAUGGAAAACUUACCACAUGAGAUCCUUUCCAUUUUCCAUAUAAAUACUCUUUAUUAUUAAUAACAACAACAACAACAACAACAACAACAAAAUCAGACCCUCCCCCAAUUUCCUGCGUCUCCCUCCUCUUCCCCUCUCACAUAUCUCUAACAAAAAACCCUAGUCGUCAAGAGCUCCAUCAUCGACCUCUAUCAUCGUCGACCUCAAUCACCACGCAGACCUCCAUCAUCGUUGUCGCGACCGCUUUCCUUCCGCUGUCCUCCUCACGCCGACGUUGUCCCUGCCGCCCUCGCCGCGCCUGUCGCCUUCUUUACACCAGCAUCGCCUCUACCUCCCCCUUCCUCCGCCUCUCACCACCUCCCGUCUUCACGGUGCCGUCACCAGGGCUGCAAAUGAGCCGAGCUGAGCCGAGCUUUACCCCAGUUUGAGCUUGACUCGUUAACAAAUGAGUUGAGCUCGAGCUCGAGCCAUUUAUUAACGAGCCGAGUCGAGUUCGAGCUAAGCUUGUUUACUAAAUUCUUAGAUCACAUUUGAUACAUUCAUUUUGUAUGUCGUGUAUGGUACAUGUGAUUGAUGUAACGAUAAAUAAAUAAUCAAAUG